AUGGACUUUCUAGCCUCAAUUGCUCCACCUGUAGUGAGUCAACCCCAGGCCUUUUCUGAUACCAUGUUGGACCCUGCCUCAAGAGGCAUAAUGACUGGACUAACCACUGCGCACAUGAGUGGUGCAACUCUGCAAAGUGUUGUUAGACAAAGCGCUGAUCAGCUACAACGUACAGUACAGGGCCAGUUUGUUUCUCUGAAGGUCAGGAAUACUUUGACAACUGCCUUAGUAGUGUUUCAUAAGUAGUGUUUACAAUGGGCCAUUCACGCAUAUUUGUCAUCUCGCAUAGUAAUGCAGCUAUAAGAAUGCACAUUGGUGUUGUUUAAACCAAAGUAGCUAGAAUUACUAAAUUUCGGUAGUUUUAGUAAAGAGAAAAUGCGAUUUUGGAAGUAGCAUAUUUUCCAUUAUUUAUUGUACUAUCUUUUCCACAAAUGUUUAAAUUCUUGCAUAGGUGAAAAAAGGUGAUCAGUUCUUUACUGCCAUACUGAUAUUUAGUUCAAUUUUGUGGUUUAAUUAUUAAAUAAUUGCUAAUUAUUUAUUAAUUAGUAAAUUUUAAUUAUUGUUGUAUUUUGAAAUUCAGGACAUCUGUAAGUUAUAGAUGGUCACAUGUCUGUCAGUUUCUAAUUGUUUUCUUAUUUUAUGUUAUCUUUUUUCUACCCUUUCUUAUUUCUUUUAUUUCUUGCUAAUCUCAGUGGUCACCAUGCCUAUUGCCUCCUAACAGCAGACGUAUUUCAGCCUUGUCGCUUCUCUCCCUUCCAAACAAGAACCGAAAAAUGCGUCUGCUCCCCGCAGGCUACCCUGUCUACUAGUACAAUCAUAGACAAAAGUCUUGGGACACUUUCGCGUUUAUGGGGCGUUUCACACAGGUCCAACCCCUCCCCUCACCCCACAAACAAUGUUGGACGCGUGUAUCGAGAAUUUUUUUCCGAGUUUCAACUUUGUAUAAGGUGGGGGGAGGGAGAACUGCAAGAAAAUUUGGGAUGUACUGUUUUAAGAGGGAACCGAGAAAUGAUAGAAAAAUAUGAAUAUUGCAGUACUGUUCUAAGGACUUUUGUCCAGUAUUGUAGGUAUCUCGGUUAUUUUACAAUCCAAGUUUGGAAGGUUGCUCUCGCUUUCUCUCACAGGGUAAUAUGAGUUACAGAGAUCUCUUGGCAGGGCUCAUCUAUGAAGGUGAAAGUUUUCAAGCCUUGAAUAACUUCACAUUUAUGAACUACACCAAUGUACAAUUCUGCGAUGACGCUGGUAGCCCAUUGACCCAGCGUAGCGGAGGGAUUUGUCUUUUGACAAACAAAAGGAUUCUUUUCUUAUCCUCACAGCUUACAGUUGGUGAGUACAACUCCCUUUAAUUCUGAUCAGACGUUUGGGUUUUAUCUUUAGUUUUGGGCCAUUUACAUUUGGCCAAGAAUCGCCGUCAUGUUAAUCAAUUGUCCUUUCUCUUGUAUGAUGCUAGAAAUGUACAGAAUGAUUCAAAUGCACAAAUGCUUUUUGGUAAGGUUCUUUGAUAACAAUGCGGAAAUCUCAGACACGGCCAUUAACAUCUAACAAUGGUCAACAUUUUGAUGGUGCAUCUUUGAUGUCGCCGCUAGAGUCUUUGAUUGGAAAAAAAAUUCUGACCUUGAUUGCUGCCGGAUUUAAAUAAUAACGUCAGUAUUUAAGAAGAACUACGCUAGGGCCUAGCUAAGAUGUAAAUACCAGUGCUUUUGUCAGUGCGGUACUUUUUCAAUUUAUUUACUUUCGCGUUUGGAUAAAAUACUAUUUAAUAUCCCAAAGGACAUCCUUGGCUUGUAUGUUUUUGUUCAAGGGUGGGUCACGUUACUCUGGAAAAAUUGCAGAUAUCCGCAUAAGUUCCGAAAAGAGAAAAGAAGAAAAAUCUUUCAUGAAGAAUAUCACAUAGUAUGACCUGCACUGGUCGGACAACAAAACAUACAAGCUGAGGAGGAUAUUGAUCAAAGCCGUUCAAGACAGAUUAAGGAAGCGAAUAGUAAAUACCAAUUUUUAUUGUCAGUUGACUCUAACUCUCUGUUGAUACCUGUCAGGUACGUCCUUGGCUCAAUGGGGCAAUCCAAAGAAACUGCCAGGAGGGUACUCUCUUACGUCAUCAUGUAAUGACACCACCUACUACCUACCAAUACCCCUGCGCUGUUUACGCAGUGUGGAGAUGUCUGGGGAGACCGGAGUCCGGGCAGAUUUAUCAAUUCAUGGCGUUGCACCUUGUUGCUGUGGAUGGUGUGGCUUGUGCGGGGUAUGCAAUUAAAUUUGCUUUAAAUAUCUUAUCUACAGUUAAAAAUACCUUAGUAUAAGGAAUUAACGCUGAAUGAAAUAUACCCGAAGUUAAAAUCGUUUGCAUUCCUGUCAGGUUCGUUAAUUUUUGUGGGAAUUUAUUUGAACUACACCAGUUUAUUGGUACUUAAAUUUACCUUAUUUUACCAAAAAAAUUCUGGAUUCAGUUAGAUGGGAUUGGUGAAGUGAAAGGUUACUUUAGUUUUGCUUCCAACAAAAGAGGAAAGACUAUUAUUUUCAUCAGGAAAAAGUGGUUCUUUAUAUUAAUUACGUUACGUUACUUUACCUCACGUUACGUUGAAAUACUACCAUCUUCGCGAUCUAUUUCUUUUUGGGGGAAGUAUUCUUUUUUUCAAUUAGCGGCCGCAAUCGUCGAGUUAUUACAAACGAUAAUCCAUAAGGCGAUAAGGCUUACUUACUAACUUACACUAAGGUGGUUUAUUAUUCGACAGAGCAGGCUCAGUGGCGGAUCUAGAGCUUCAGAUAAAGGAGGGGGGCGGCGGUCAUCCAGACCCUGAGAUAAGUGGGGGGUGGUCACCAAAAAACUUUUUUGCGGCCCUUCGAGCCUCAGUUUGGUCUACAAAUAAGUGUGUGUGGGGGGUGGGGUGGGGGAUCCGCCACUGUAACUGCCAGACCUGGUUAUUAAUUUGUAACAAAAAAAAACUGCCCAGUCAGAUCACUCUAUUCCUAAAUAUUAAAUAUUAAGCAAGAACCCUUAAGGAGCACAGUUUUCAUUUGCACUCACUUGUUUUGCAAGGACAGGGCAAUAAAGGUGCAAUUUAAAAAAUUUGGUCUGUUAUGCUAAAAAGAGAUGAAAUUUGGCGAAAAUGGCGGUGAGUGUUUCAUUUCAGUCAAGUGUGGUUUUCGCGAAAAGAUUCGUUGUUAAGGCGAAACCAUAAAAUUGUAACUCAAAAUACACUGUUUUGUAGUUGUGGGGAUGCUGUGCAGACUCUGGUGCUUUAAAGCAAUGGAGGCCACAGCCAAUGAAUCGCAGUCAAGUGCAAGAGAUGUUCGUCACUGUUGGACUUUUGAUGCCACCAUGGGAUCGCAAGAUGUUUCUCAAAAUUUAUAUUGAUCCAAAUGUCCCUCUUCCGGUGACCAGAGAUUUUGUUGCUUUACUCCAAAAGAAUUCACCCGGCUUGUGUUAG